UUUCUUUUUGAUGCUUUUUUGUUGUUGUUUUCCCAAUAAUACAUUCAUUGUAUUAUCAUUUGGCUGAAUCCUAAUUCUCCUCCUUGCAAACAGCUGGCUGUGCAAUGUUACCAGCCAUGUGCUGCCGGUUCAUUGAGAUCUCACUGCAGAUCAGAAAUAUGGGCUGGGGCUUCCAGGGGGAGUCAUCAUUGGGGACUUUUAUUCCCAAAUGAACCUUUGGACCAUGGGUAAAUACCACAGCUUUGUUCUUUAUCAAAUAGUGCUUCUUGGGGGCGUUUAACUUUCUGCAUAUUCUGUCUGGGAUAUCAGUUUGGUGUGGUACAUCUUGUGUUAAAAACCAGGUUAAGUUUUCUUACUAAAUACUUACCAGACCUUGGUCACUGCAAACACAGUGAUGUCUCUCAGGCAACUUUGUGUUGUUUUCCACCAGAAGAGAGGCAGGGCUGUGAUAUUUAUUGCAGCUGUGUAGCCUUGUAGUGCACUGUUAAUCUUGCUGUGUGCUUGUCCAAAAGGCAUUGCAUUUCAUUCUUUUAACAUGCUUAUCUUGAAAGACAGUAUUUUCUCAGAGCUACGUAAAUGCUGGUUACCAUUAAUAAGGUGGGAUGUAAAACCAAUUGUGAAGUGCCACUGGGGAAUAAGUGUCUGAAAACUUAAUGUUGUACUUAUAUAUGCACCCAAUGGCAUGCCAAGCCUUGCUCCAGCCUUCCAUGGAGAUGUCCUGACACCAGCAUAUUCCUAUUAAUGGUAGGCAAGGAAAACAAGCAUGGGCAGCAGAAGUUAGUGUGAAGCAGCUGAACACAGUGACAUCUGCAAAGCACAGGUGUAAAGGCAAGGUGGGAUGGGGAAUCAGAUUGGAAUGGCCUUCUCUGGAGGGCAUGAUGGGGAUCUAUUGUAAGGGACAGGGUGCUCUGAGGCUACAGCCAUGUGGCACGGCUCAGAGGCCACACUAAGGGUGGAAGAGCAGUGGUUGAGCCAGCUACUGUAAAACUAAGGCUGGAGCAUGUCUGAGUCAAGAGGGAAAAGAAGAGAAGGUGGAGGAGAUGAUUGCUGUGGCUUUGCUCUUGCUGCCCGAGGAUCACCCCAGGCUGGGUGUCCAUUCAGUAAGCCAACAACUGGAAAGGCCUGGCAGUGCCCCACUGAUCCUCAUGGUUUCCUGGGCAGUGACUGUGCUGGCUGCUACCCUGUACAGAGAGCCCUCAGACAGCAAAAAGGGAUUUUCCAUGUCCUCCUCUGCCUCCACACCACCCUGCAUUGCCUACACCAUCCUCACCUCAAGAGCUACACUGCACGAAUCUCAAGGAAGGACUUGAUCCCUCCUUUCUCUGCUGCACCAAGUAUGGAGCAGAGGUGUUAUGCUAUCCAUUUUCUGUGCUGAAUGGGAGAAGUGGGUCCUUACAAAGUGCUGGAGGGAGCAGCUGUACACUAUGGAUAGCAACAGUACUGAUGAGUGACUUCAUUGUAGGCACAAGCAAGGCUUGGGCAUAUUUCAAAAAGAAAACACCACUGUUUCCUGGUUUCUCCAGUCUUGGUGCAGCCCAUUACUGAUGGUGUUACCACUGAGAUUAAUUUGGUGUGUCCUUAUGUUGCCUGAAAUGAAAGGAGAAGGUUAUGGACUUUGCCUCCCAGCUGCUGAAAUGAUCAUGGGGCAGGGAGUGCACGUCUGCAUCCCCAGUGUGAGCAAAGCAGUCUGCAGCUGCUUCAUGCCCCCCAACUUUCCUUCACCCAAGGGAAGCUCUUUCAUCAUCUUCUUUUAAUGUCCUGAUCUAAAUCCUCUUGUUUCCUUUCCUCUUAUACCUACAUGUCCUGAUACAGCCCAUUUGGGUACUUCUCAGAUGUCCUACGAAGGAGAGCACUGUAAGCAGAGGGAAACAGCCCUAUGGGUUGUGUCUUCCCAUCCCUCCCAAAACCAAGCUAUUGCAGGCUGUAAAACUGCUACCACGGUUAAUUACACAAACCAAGCGAGUCUGCAAAUAGGAAAUUGCUCCUCUGAGCCAAGCAGCCACCCAGCCAGCCCAUCUUCCUCCAUAAAAUCCUUCUCACCCUCCUCCAGAGUCCAAUUCAAAACAGGGUGCCUAGAAAGUUGCUGUCUGAGCUGCUUCAGAGCGAAACAUCUGGAGGAACUUAGUACUGAAUCCCUAUUCCAAAUAUAACCACUGAAACCAAGCUGCUUGCUUAUAUUGAAGUGCCUUAUAAAAUGUAAGAACCUCAUGGAGUGCACAGGUGGCUGUUGAUCUGAAGUUUCUGAGCAUACAUCAUUUCUGAGGGCCUCCUUCAGGUCAGUAAUUCAUACUGGUGUUUGAUGUUACAGGAGUGUGCUCCUGCUGCAGCACUGUGAAAUGGUGCAGCUUUCUGAACUGAAAAGCCCAACCUUCGGUGCAUGCGUACAAUCAAACGAAUUAAUUGUUCCCCAGAGGUGGGACAUGUUUCCUCUCCAAAUUUCAUGAGAGUUUAAUUUGUCAAAUCAGUUCAGAGCUGUUAGGAGUCAGUACAGACUGUUCACCCUGCCCAGGAAUACUGUGUGUUUAAGAGCAGACACUGGGAUUCAGGUUCAUUAGUAGUCACACAAUUGUUCUUCUUUGGGUGGUACAGAAUCUGCUCCUUCACUUCUCCCCACUUCCCCUAUCAACAGGAGCUCUGCUUUCUUUUCUUUUCUUUCCAAAAGGCUUUUUGGAAUGGCUGAGAAUGGAAUACAUCACCUUCUCCCUUUCCAGCUCAUUUAGGUCACAAAAUAAUUCUAAAAAUACUGAAAAAGCAAGAACAUUACUGUUUUAUUUUCAUCCUUGUUUCCUAACAAAAACCUCCAGAGAGCAAACUCCAGCUCAUGGUACCCAGGAGUGCAGAGGAAUGGAAAUGUGGGGGCUGCUUACAAACAGACGAGUUAAUGGCAGAAGUAUGAAGGGUUUGAAAAUAGACUAUUUAGUCACUGGGGUUUUAAGAAAGGGAUGGAGCUGGAAAAUUCCAUCUGGAAGGGAGACUGUGUAUGUGUGUGCAGUGCCUGCCUGUUUGUCUGUAACAGUGGAUAAGAAAUGUCCUGGAUUGGCUCAAAAAUACUUUGUGGGUUUAAUCUGAAUGUUUGUUCAUUUGUGUUAGGCUAUUCAUUCCUCUCCAUCUCCAGCAGCCCAGAGAAGAGAAGACUGGAACCAUCACCACCACCUGCAAUGCUUUGGGGCACCUAAACAUGUUUUUGCCAGAAAUCUUUGUCGCCUAAAUAGGUUGUGUGUGUUUUUUCUGGAUAGGCCUCUGGAAAGUAGGCACCUAAAGUUGUACUUUGAAUGGAGCCUUUGUCCCAAGUGAUGAGGAGGGAGGCACGUUGGAAACACCUGAGCCUGUCACCAGCUUCUCCCUUUUGGAGCAGGAGCAAGGCUCUGGGACUCUGGCUGAGCGCCCGAGGCCGAAGAACUCUGGUCUAGACGCAGACACAUGUGGAGAGAUGGUGAGAUUGUGGGGAUGACCACUGACACUCUUGUUUUGUCUGAAAGGGCCAUGGUGAGCACGGUGGGUUUUGCAGCUGUCUUCUACAGCGAGCCAGCCGUGCUGGGGCUCCUGGCAAACGUCGUCAGCGCCUUCCUCCUCUGCCUGCAGAACUUUGCCACCGUGCACACAGGCCUGAGGCCGCAGGGAGCAGAGGAUGUCCUCACAGGUGUCCACCUCAUCCUGAUUGGAGGUUUUGUCCAGCUCCUGGCAGGAUUUCUUGCCUUCCGGAAGUAUGACCACCUCGGAGGCGCAGCCUUUCUCACCUUCUCUGCUCUAUGGAGUAGCUAUGGAGCCACACGCAUCAUUUCAGCUGCUUAUCCCCCUUUGCAGAACAUAACACUGUCCUCAGGGAACACCAGUCAACUCCUGUCCACCACCAUGACUCACCUCUCUACCAGCCAAAGUGCCGUGGCAGGGCUUGUGGCCUACAUCUCCAUUUCCUUUAUUCUUUCCUUCUGCUCAGCCACAGUGAACUACAUCAUGCCUUUCAUAUUCGGGGCCAUUGCUCUUGCCCUGGUGUUUGAAGCCGUUGCACUGUUUGGCCAGUGGGCCCUGAUAGUGUCAGGUGUCAUCGAGCUUGUUAUUGUCCUGUGUGGGUUGUAUGGUGCCAUGGCCCUUCUGUUGAAGGGCAUCACACAGCGGUACAUCCUUCCAGGCUUUGGGCAUCCGCUCUUCAAUGUCUUGCUACUGGGGUCAGCACAGAAGAGCUCUUCCAAGGCCAUCGGGGAAGAGAAGAAAAAGAAUACAAAGUAUGCUGAGCCAAUGGCCCUAGGCAACAUCUGUGACACUGUCUCUCCGUUUAUAUUUGCUUUUUACUUCUUUGGGUACAUGAAGACCUUCUGUGUUGGAGCAGCGUGGAUAUCCAUAAUCUCCAGCUGCCAACUUCUCUCCAGCUUCUACAGCUAUCUCAGAGGUGAUGUCUACUACACUACCAAGUUUGGUGCCCACAGCCUAUUCUGGCUGGUCAUGUCUUGGGAAGAAUUUGUACUUACCACCUUCCUUGAGCCAGGAAAAGCUCAGGAGAGCAGGCUGGGAAUGUUUGGAGGGUGGUUCUUCUUGGUUGUUGCCUGCAUGCUGUUCCUGAUAUCAACCCACAAAGACACCCUGGAGAUGUUGCAAAAUGCUUCUUUCAUCAUCCUCACGUCUGCCUUCAUCCAUCAGAUCCCAGUGUCGGGUGCUUACCCGUUCCUUGGAGCUGCCUGUAGCCUCUGCACCGCUCUCUCAAUGUAUGCCACUUUUGCCAGCCUUAUCAAUUCCAUCGGGGAGAAGGCUUUGAUUCCAGUUGGCAAACAAGCUUUGUCCAGUUCAGCUCUUCAAACCACGCUGAUGGCUGCCAAAAUGUGCUUCACUAGGUCCAAGAACCUCCCAAGUGGCACAAAAGCUGAAGUGCCAGAUGCCUUGUUCUACAUCUGCAAUGGCCUGGCAGCAGUCUCUGCCAUCCAGGGUACUCUCAGUGAUCCCAGCAGGCAACAACUCUCCAUACCCUCUGUGCUCAUCCCAGGAGCCAUAGUGCAGCUGUAUGUCUGCAGGAUCCAAGUUCAAGGAGGCAGAAGGUUUGGUUGUGUUCUCCCAUUCUGCUAUUCUGCCUUUUGGGGAGCGUGGACCUGGCUUCGGUUUGCAGGCCACCUGUUGAACAUUGGUGCGGGGAACAGUGAAGGCUUUACUGCUGGUGCUAUUGCCUUUUUGGUGAUCAAUGCUUUUUUAAUGAUUUUAGCUUCCUCUUUUAACGUGGUGCUUCUCUUCAUGACCCUGGCAGUGGAGCUCCUGACCAUUUGUUUUCUGCUCUUCACAUUGGAGAACCUCCCUUUGCCAUUUGAAAUUGUAAUGUUAUGCAUCUUCAGCAUCAUCUGCUUCUACGGAGCAACAGCAUCACUUGCAAACAGCAUGUUUGGGAAGGACCUCAUGAUGAUGGGACCCUCUCUGUUUACAGCUCAGAGCUCUAAGAAGAACACUGAAGAUUCCCCACCCUGCAUCUGCCCCAAGUCCCACUGUACCAGUGGCCUGAGGACCAUCGCUGACUUGCUGAACACAGGGGCAGUGUGCGGGGUCCCAACAGACACGGUGUAUGCUUUGGCAGCCUCCUGCAGACACCCUCAAGCCAUUGAGAAAGUCUACAGAAUCAAGGACAGGCCUCAAGAGAAGCCCAUCUGCAUCUUCAUUUCAAACCUGGAUCAGCUGCGAGCAGCUGCUCCCCCAAUCAGCCCACUGCUGUGGGAGUUCAUGGAAAAUGUUUACCCAGGUGGUGUUGGCUGCAUUAUCAAGAAAGGAGAGUGGCUGAAGAAGUUAGGAGUUGGAGAGGGCUACAGCAGAGUGGGAACUCAAGACAGUAUAAUGAUCAGAGUGCCUGACCUGACUGUCCUGGUGCACCUCAUUGACAUGACGGGGCCUUUGGCAAUCACAUCUGCUAAUCCUAGUGGAGAGGUUGACAGCACACAUCAUGACAUGGUCAUCUCGCGUCUUGGCCAUAAGUUGGAGGGUGUUCUCUGUGAUGGAGAAUCUGAUGAAGUGGUAGCAUCAACUGUGGUCAACUGCACAAGGAUUGAUGAAAGUGGCAUCACCAUCUUGAGAGAAGGUUGCAUACCAGCAGGCAAGGUGAUGCAGAUAUUUGAAAGAAUAAAGAACAGAGCAGUCUGACACCAAAGAAAACCUCCCCCGAGCAAAGGAACAGCAUCUUCUCCUACAAAAAGACAUAAGGAGUCCCACACCUCGCUGGAGAACUCGGCCUUGUGAAAGCCAUACCUUCCCUAAUCAAGCAUUUACCUCCUUGGGAAGCAGCAGCACUUUCCCUCCCAGUGUCUCUCCUGGGAGCGUUCUGUGGCUAUUAAUUGUUUAUCUCCAGUAAGUGCCUGAAACCGCUGGGAAAUCUGCCCACAGAGUGCCAGAAGGAUCAGGAGCUGAUGCUGCACUGCAGGAAUUCCCAGAGUGCCAGUGUUUCCUGAGUGCCUUGGACUGUGGACUUCAUGCCUGCUUGCAUACUCCCUUCUACAACACUCAGAUCUGUGUAUUUUAAACAGCUACAUUUAACUAAAUAAAUCUUCUUUUUGGAAUGUAAGGAAAA